CAGUACUUCAAGAGCAAAGAGUGAAGGGAGAGAAAGCAAGACAGACCCAGAGAGAGAGAGACAACAAAGAGAGGCGCUAACAAUACACAAUUCCAUUCAGGAGCCUUGGAAACCAUUGAAGGAUUUUUUGGGGAAAGACAGACCUUUGCUACAAACAAAAGCAAAGCCAAUCAAACAGACUUUGACUUGUACAGAGAGAGAGCGGGAGAAGAGAACAAACAGGAAACAUGAGGGACUCUCAGACCAUGCUGGAAGAGGGGCGCGCUGGGGAGCAGACGGAAAGCAAAGGGGCCACCAUGGCGUGGGUCAGGAACGAGGUCGUCCGCGUGGGGCUGGCCGAGACCCUCAGCACGUUCGUUAUGAUGGUGUUCGGGCUGGGCUCUGUGGCUCAGGUGGUCACUGGGACAGGAGCAUUUGGGGAGUUCCUGAGCAUCAACCUCGGUUUUGGGAUAGGUGUGGCUAUGGGGGUGCAUGUUGCUGGCAAAGUUUCAGGUGCCCAUAUGAAUGCAGCGGUCUCCUUUACUAUGUGUGUCUUUGGACGUCUGAAGUGGACGAUGCUGCCCUUGUAUAUUGUGGCCCAGUUCCUGGGAUCUUUUCUAGCGGCUGGAACAGUCUUUACCCUCUACUAUGAUGCCAUUCAUCACUACAGUGGGGGAAACUUCACGGUGACUGGCCCUAAAGCGACAGCUGGGAUUUUUGCCACCUACCCAGCCCCAUACCUCUCUCUCCACGCUGGCUUCCUUGACCAGGUGGUUGGCACUGCCAUGCUGCUGCUUUGCCUGAUGGCCUUGUCAGAUCAGCGAAACCAGCCCGCGCCGAUCGGUAGCGAACCUCUGGCGGUCGGCCUCCUGGUCAUCCUGAUUGGUAUCUCUCUGGGCAGUAACAGCGGCUACGCCAUCAAUCCCACGCGAGACUUGGCGCCCCGCGUCUUCAGUGCCCUCGCAGGAUGGGGACCUGAGGUGUUCAGCGCUGGCGGUGGAUGGUGGUGGGUCCCUGUCAUGGCCCCGAUGGUUGGUGGGGUCAUUGGUGCCCUGAUCUACAAAGUGUUCGUGGAGAUGCACCACCCCUCCGUGGGCAAGCGUGGACUUGGGUCUAACAACGAGCCCGAGAGCGAGCCGCUGGACCAGCUGAAAAAAGCAGCUGCUGCCGAAAUGUGUGUGUAGACAGCUGUCGGACAUACACACCCUCGGGCAGUCAUGCUGAGACCAAAGUGGUUCUGGGGACCAUGCUGACCACCAGCUGGACACCACUGGUAUGGACACCAGCGAUCUGUGAGAAGAUCUAAGACAGCAAAGGCUGUUGUGCAUCUCCUCUAGCUCCUUCUCUCACAGUCUUAACACGACAGUUGUCAGGACUCAGGAGAUAGGCAGGCCAUGUAAUCUUGAGUACAAGAUCACUCCAGCCUAACCAACAGCAUACCACAGGGAGAAGGGACCGGAAGGACAACGAGAUGAUGUGUCACUACUCGCUUCCUAUCUCAAGGCUGAUGGAGGCAAAGCAGAGGGAAAAAGAGGAAGCACAACGAUGAAUCACAGGGCCUGGUCAUUAUGUGCAGACGCGACAACAUUUAGCCGCUAAAUGACCCUUGAAGAGGGAAAGGAAGACGGGGCUAGUGAGUCGGAUAACUCUGAACACUGCAACCCUCUUCACCUGUCUGGCCUCCAUUUAGACGUGCAUACUAAAGUACCUCCAGUGACCAGAAAAAAAUGGUGUCACCAUCACUCAAAAAUGUGACUCCACUCUGAUGGAAAUUGUCUGUAUGCUCUUGUGUGCUCCUCGGUCAAGGAAGGAAAACAAAACAAGAAUUGCACAGAAUCUAUGGAUGGUUGAGAACUACAUAUGAAAACAAACUAAGGCUUGGCCAUAAUGUGUUUCAGGCAUAUUUUUAAUCGUUAAUAACAUUUAAUAAAUAUAUGACAGCGGGGAUCUCACAUAAAUAAGAGGUAGUGAACAAACAUACCUGUGUUCACAGUUUAGUGGACAGACUGGGAAAACAGGGGCUAACCGUGAGAAGCUAGUGUUAGCAAAAUACAUAUUCAUCCAGUUAAGGUGUGAACACAGGGACAUACACACAUACAGUACAUACAUCAUCAUCAUUCAAGGUCAAAUCACCAUGAUUCUCAGCCAUCAGACAUGACAUACCAACUUAUUUUAAAAUGAAGGCCUUCCAGUCAGUCUUUUUAAAACACAUUCCUUGUUCUUUGCAUAUCCAACUAGCUUAAAUGUUGUAGGCAUCACGUAUUCAGUGCUUUAUCCCUUUAACAUGCUCUGGUCAUCGCUUUAGUGCACUGUGUCUCCCUGACCCCCCAUGCAUUUUAGGGGGGCCCCCAGAACCCGUGGUGGAUGCCUGGGUGGGGGCCUUCUUUUUGGGGGGCGGCUGCUUGGCUUUCCCCUUGAAGGCUUUGGCCGGGUCCAGCUUGUUAAGCAGCGGCUCACCUGCAGAGUCCAGGUGAGGGUCUGAGUGGAAGGUCAGCGGUUGGUAGAGGGCAGCCCAUUGCUGGAGUGAUGAGGAGAGACACAGAAAAGCAGAAAGGGUUCACCAGCACUGCUAACUCAGUUGUUAAAAUUGUAUCCUGGACUGGCAAAUUGUGUGCUCUCUCUUAUAUGGCUUAGAACUGUGUAACAAACAAUGUUAGUGUUAUGUUUGCAUAUCAAGUCUAUUUUAAAUGUAUAUAAGUCUCAGCUAAGUUUUACAUUUGAACAUUCUUGGUGAUGUAAAAGAUGUACAGCUUGUAAAUAAAACAGACUUUCAACAAAAA